AAAAAAAAAAGGGGAAAAAAAAAGAAAGCGCACCGUAUCGUGUUUUCAUUAGACGCUGCAAUCGUUCUUCUCUUGAGUUUGGUCGUCUGGGAUCAGAUCUGCUCUCUCCGUUUGGAUUCAAUUCGACACUUUCCUCGCCUCAAAGAUUAAGCGAACAACAUGGUUGUCCUUGCUGCAUCCAUUGUGAGCAAAUCUGGGAAAGUGCUAGUUUCUAGACAGUUUGUGGAUAUGACUCGCAUAAGAAUUGAAGGUCUUCUAGCAGCAUUUCCCAAGUUGGUAGGGACUGGAAAACAACACACAUAUGUUGAGACUGAGAAUGUGCGCUAUGUUUACCAGCCAAUAGAGGCACUGUACCUGCUUCUCGUAACAAACAAAAACAGCAACAUACUGGAAGAUUUGGAAACUCUGAGACUUCUCUCUAAACUUGUACCUGAAUAUUCUUACUCCCUUGAUGAAGAGGGUGUUUGCAAACAUGCCUUUGAGUUGAUUUUUGCAUUUGAUGAAGUCAUCUCUCUUGGGCACAAGGAAAAUGUGACUGUUGCACAAGUUAAGCAAUACUGUGAGAUGGAGAGUCAUGAAGAGAAGCUGCACAAGUUGGUUUUGCAGAGCAAGAUUAAUGAAACUAAGGAUGUUAUGAAGCGAAAAGCUAGUGAGAUUGAUAAAAGCAAGAUUGAAAAGAACAGAGCUGAUAAAGGAGGAUUUGGUCCAUUACAGUCAAUGGGCUCUGGAAGAAUUGAAAAUAGCUUUAGUGAUUUGAGCAUAUCUAGCAGUGGAACUGGUUUUGGAAGUGGCUCUGGUUUUGGAUUGACUUCUGAUGUCGAUUCCUUUGCAACCAAGCCUAAAGGUCGUCCAACUUCAUCAGCCACUGCUCCACCUAAAGGUCUUGGAAUGAAGCUUGGUAAGUCUCAAAGGACAAACCAGUUUUUGGAAUCAUUGAAAGCAGAAGGUGAGGUCAUUCUUGAAGAUGUUCAGCCAAAACACUCCCAGUCUCGGGCUGCCGCCCCACAACUUACCGAUCCUAUCACUUUGACUGUUGAGGAGAAACUAAAUGUGAUACUUAAACGAGAUGGUGGUGUCAGUAAUUUUGAUGUUCAAGGCACAUUGUCUCUCCAAAUUCUUAACCAAGAGGAUGGACAUAUUCAAGUACAGGUCCAAACUGGUGACAAUCAAGCUGUCUCUUUCAAGACACACCCUAACAUGAAUAAAGAAUUAUUUGCCAAUGAUUAUAUACUAGGCCUAAAAGAUCCCAACAGGCCUUUCCCCACUGGUCAAGCCAGUGAUGCUGGAGGUGUUGGUCUUUUAAAGUGGAGAAUGCAAAGUACUGAUGAGUCAAUGGUGCCGCUGACAAUCAACUGUUGGCCCUCUUCUUCUGGAAACGAAACUUAUGUCAACAUUGAAUAUGAGGCUUCAUCAAUGUUUGAUCUGCGGAAUGUUGUGAUCUCUGUACCUCUUCCAGCUCUUCGAGAAGCACCAUCUGUUAGGCAGAUUGAUGGGGAAUGGAGGUAUGACUCUAGGAAUUCCAUUUUGGAGUGGUCUGUCCUUCUGAUUGAUAAUUCCAACCGCAGUGGGUCAAUGGAGUUUGUUGUUCCACUAGCAGAUUCAUCAACAUUCUUUCCCAUUUCAGUCUGCUUUAUGGCAACUGACACGUUUAGUGACCUGAAGGUUACCAACAUCAUACCAUUAAAGGGUGGUAAUCCUCCCAAAUUUGCUCAGAGAACACAGCUGAUAACGGAUAGCUACCAAAUUGUGUGAUUGACUUUCCCUCUUGAAUUUGGGUUCCUAUAACAGUUUUGCUUAUACAGUCGUAGUUCUUUUUAUCAAUAGGCUUUGCUAAGUUGUACUUGCCUCUAUUCUCGAAUUUGUACUUAGUUUUACCUCGCAAGACAUGGCGCAAAGUAUGAUUUACAUAAUUAAUGCUCAAGUGUGUCUGUUUACUCUAUAGCAUGUAUCUUUUAUGCGGAAGGAUGCAUUUCCUAUCUUCCCUUUUCUGCGUUGUAGACACUAGUAUUGUCAAAUGCAUUCUAAUUUUUAAUA